AUGCCAGUCCCCACCACAGAAACUUGGAAAGAAAUUGCCAACAACUUCUCGCAACGGGCCAACUUCCCUCAUUGCACAGGAGCUGUAGAUGGGAAACAUAUUCGCAUUGUGCAUCCGUGUAACUCUAUGUAUUACAACUACAAAGGAUUCUCGUCUAUUGUGUUAAUGGCUGUGGCUGAUUCACAAUAUAGAUUUAUAUAUGUUGGAAGCUAUGGUAAGGACAGUCACUCUACAAUAUUUCAAAAUUGUUCUUUGUGGCAGGCACUACUUAACGGUACAAUGGGAUUGCCCGAAGAAGAGUGUCCCCAAGGUACGAAGAACCCCAAAGUACCAUACGCUUUUGUUGCUGACGAAGCAUUUGGGUUGCAUAAGAAUCUUCUACGCCCAUUUUCUGGACAUAAUUUGACUGUUGGGAAAAGGGUAUUCAACUACCGUCUUUCGAGAGCUCGGAGAUACAUUGGUAUCCUUACAAACAAGUGGAGGAUCUUCCACAGACCCUUAAAUUUGGAUCCUGAAUUUUGUGCAGAGAUUGUGAAAGCUUGUGUCAUUUUACACAACUUUGUUAUUGUGCGGAAUGGUUACAAUACUGAAGAUGCUUUGACAGUAACAGGUCUAGAAAGCUUACCAAGAAGUGAAUCUGUUCGUACUGGACUAUCGGCAAACAACGUAAGGAAGAUAAUGACAGACUAUUUUUUAACACCAGUUGGCUCAGUAAAAUGGUAA